AUGAAGAUGAUAUGGUUUUGGCUCUUAACACUUUUAUGCUAUCAAGCAAAAUCUGCUCCUGUGGGGAGAAGAAUUUUAGUAUCCAAUGGGCUUGGUCAGACGCCUCAGAUGGGAUGGAAUAGUUGGAAUCAUUUCUCACGUCAUGUUACUGAGGAGAUUGUUCGUGAAACAGCUGAUGCAAUGAUAUCCACUGGAUUAUCUAAACUGGGUUAUGAGUAUGUUAAUAUAGAUGACUGCUGGGCCGAGCUGAACAGAGAUGACGAGGGUAAUCUUGCUGCCAACGCUUCUACAUUUCCUUCCGGCAUAAAGGCAUUAGCCGACUAUGUUCAUUCCAAGGGACUUAAGCUUGGAAUAUAUUCAGAUGCUGGAUUACAAACAUGCAGCAAAACUAUGCCGGGCUCUCUUGGGUAUGAAGAGCAAGAUGCCAAAACUUUUGCUUCAUGGGGAGUAGACUAUUUGAAAUAUGAUAAUUGUAACAAUGCAAGCAAAGAUACUAAAGAAAGGUACCAAAAUAUGAGUAUGGCUCUCAGCAAAGUAGGCCGCCCUAUUUUCUACUCAAUGUGUGAAUGGGGUCAAGAAAACCCUGCAACUUGGGCUCCCAAGAUUGCAAAUAGCUGGAGAACUACAGGAGAUAUACAUAACAAUUGGGAGAGUAUGAUAUCUAGAGCUGACCAGAAUGACAUGUGGGCUAGUUAUGCAGGCCCUGGUGGAUGGAAUGAUCCUGACAUGUUAGAAGUUGGAAAUGGAAACAUGACAACAGAGGAAUACCGAUCCCACUUUAGCAUAUGGGCUUUAAUGAAGGCACCCUUGCUUGUUGGUUGCGACAUAAGGUCUAUGAGCAGUGAAACUUUGGAGAUUCUAAGCAACGAGGAGGUCAUUAAUGUCAACCAAGAUUCAUUAGGGUCACAAGGAAAGAAAGUGAGCAAGGAAGGGGAUCUUGAGGUAUGGGCUGGACCAUUGUCAAAUGGAAGGGUUGUUAUCAUUUUAUGGAAUAGAAGUUCUAAAAGUGCUUUCAUAACUGCUAAAUGGGAAGAUAUUGGUCUUCCUAGUGAAAGUGUUGUCGAGGCUAGAGACUUGUGGAAUCAUUCAAAUCUCAAGGGAAGUUUGCAAGGAAAUGUAACAUCAAGCGUUCAUUCACAUGCUUGCAAAAUGUAUAUUUUAACUCCAUCCUCGAGCUAG